CAGUCUAUUCGCCGAAUUUUGUUUUUGUUGAAUGAAAAGGGUGCAACUAUUUAACGAGUAUGUUGCGAUCAAGGCUUUUAAACAUACCUAGAAGGUAUGUGUCUUAUUUAUCUAGUGAGUUUAACUCUGUGGUUAAUCGGGAGCUGGUGCCUCCCGUUGCUCACAAAGGACAGCAGCCCCUCAACUUGGAUGUUUUUGUUAAGCAAGAAAAUCGGCAAAUGGACAUCUUAGAAAUAUUGCUUAAACUCAGAAAGCAAAAAGAAUCUACGUCUGUGCCACUUUUCCCAAGCAUUUUGGCGAAACAGUUGCUCGAGUCAGCGAGUCUGACAGAACUUGUGACUGUUCUACGAAAUCCCUUAGAGUAUGGGGUAUUUAUCGAUCAGUUCACCGGAUGCUUCUUAAUGGACCACCUGCUACACCAUGGGAACUCAUUGGAAGCAGGUCAGAUCGCAGCUAUUCUUGUGGAGCGCGACUUAUGCAAUAGCGACAUUGCCACCGCUCUAGCCCUUCGUUCGUUUUAUAAUUAUUUACAAGUUUUCGAGCCAACUGAACUGCCUGCAGAAAAACCUGUUACAUCAAAGGCCGACGUGGAAAAAGUCCGUGUGAAGUAUUUACGUAACUAUGCCAAAGGGGAUCCUUUAUCAAAUACAGAAGAAAUGAUUAUGAGUCGGGCCUUGAUAAAACUAGGGGAGCAUGGCAAAGAUGAAAGGCAACUCAAACAAAACUUCGCUUUACUUGGCUUUGUGCUGGGUGGCCAAAUGCCCGAAAUGGAUAAGUUGUUAUCGCAACACAAAAAUAUAUUUUACAAGGAAAUUUUGGAAUUAUGCGAAACUUUGAUUGGAAAGAUUCAAAGAAAAGAAACAUAUAAUGUGGAUAUGCUACAGGAGGUGCUGAAAGGCUGUACUCGGAUCGACUCAAUUCAAGAGGUGCUGGAAUCAAAUAUAAAAUUAUGUGUGCAUGAUAACGAGUCGAAACUCAUUGCUGAUCACGUUAAACAGUAUGACGACUGGGCGAAAAAUUACGAAGUCGUUGUUAAACAGCAGCUCAACACUGAAGACUUAAGUACACGUGUUGAGAAUAUAAGCAAAAUACUUAGUGAGAUGGAGGCUAAGCGACAAAAUCUUUGGUUCUUCGAGAAAAAGGACGAAAUUGAUAUACAAAUAUUUAAGCAAAAGGUAUUUUAUCCUAAACGUUGGUUUGGCAAAAAGAAGAAACCAAAAGUAGUCGACAAGUUCUAUGUACCACCAAACAUCACGCGAACCAGUUGAAGUUAAAUAAAUAUUUAGCUUAAACAGAGAAAAUAUAGUUAUAUUAGAGCUUUAAUUAAACUACUAGAGAAUGAAUCCAAA